AUGGCGUGCGUCAAUAGGCCCAGUGCCUUAAUCGGCCUUCCAGCGGAACUUCUGUUGUUGAUCUCAGAUCUCCUAUCACCAGCUGAUAUAGCAUGCCUUGCAGUCUGCAACAAUAGACUGAUGGUCUUAUUUGCUUCCGAUGACAGUGCCACAAUCAAUGGCCGAUUACCAAAAGGUCUCCCUGGAGAUAUGGAAGACGAGAGAUCUCUCUUUUUGACCCGACUCUCAUUCGACAUACCCGGCUAUUAUCUUUGCUCUGUUUGUUUAAAACUUCAUAUUUGGUCGAAAGUUCCAUCUCCAGCAAAAUUCGAGCCCCUGAAAUGCUUCUCGUCUCUGGAUGUUGAGGAUCAUGAAGACCGCUGGUUAGUCCAAGGCCUCGCAGGUCUAUACUACCCAGCAUGGUGUCGCUAUCAACUGCAAUUUACUCAUGUAUACCUGGCUAUGAGACGCUUUUAUCAUGGGUUACAAUACGGCAUCUCCACAGACUCCCUCUUCCACACAGAGGUACGAGUUGAUCGGCUACGCAGUAACAGCACACCACAAUCAUCAAAUUUAUCAGCCUUGACCCCGGAAGAAAAGCACCUUAGCGAAAACAAGACAAGCCUCACCUCAAUCGAAGCCCGAGUUUGCCCGACAGCUCCCAGCCUAUGCUUGCGCAUUCAAGGCUUGGCAGUAGUGAGGCGUCAAAACGCAUCCAGGUUACUCCCGCAGGGAAACACCGUCUGGGUAUGCGGACAUAUCACAAACGCGACGCCGAACUUUUCAGAGCGUGUUAGCUCUCACAUUUCAGCGUAUAGCUCUGGUGCGCCAAAAGCAGCCGAAUAUGGAAAGUGUUCCAAAUGUAAUACAGAAUGGCAUGUUGAGUUGCGCGACUUGGGGACUCAUGAUGUGAGCUUAAUAUUUACCCGAUGGAUUGACGUUGGCCCGGGACUUUCUCCUGAGGAUCCUAGGUGGAGGUCGCUUUUACUGUAUCAGAAUGAGUACGAGGUUGAUCCCCAGGACGUUAUCUUCAGUCCUCGGUUACGGUUCGAGAGUAGCUUGGUGGAAGGUGGUUCGAAGAAGACUAUGUCAGAUGAAGAGUUGUAUCUACGAAAUGUUUCGUUUUUGGAGGAGAAAAGAUACAUGGCUGCGGGAGGACCUACUGCAGCAGGAUCAACGCACCCUGAGUCUCGACGCCGUCGCUCUUCUGGCUGUGUGAUCAUGUAA